UAUCGAAGCAAACGGCAACAAAUAGUAAAAGAAUGGCGGGAAAGCAGCAGAAAUGCAUUGUCGUAUCCAUUAAACCCUAGCAAAUAACAAUCUUACAGUCAUGAUCGAUACGGACCAGCUUUAGAAAUCAUCGUUGCAAGUAAUCUCAACAGUAACUUAUGACAGUAAGGCUUUGGUUAUAGAUGGGAGAAGGAGAAUUUUGCAGUCCGGCUCCGUUCAUUAUCCUAGAGCCACUCCUGAAAUGUGGCCGGAAAUCAUUGAGAAAGCCAAGGAAGGAGGAUUGGACGUAAUUGAGACUUACGUUUUCUGGAAUUAUCAUGAGCCUGUAAAGGGUCAGUACUACUUUGAAGGACGGUUCGACUUGGUUAGGUUUGUGAAGACGGUUCAUGAUGCUGGCCUGUUUGUUCAUCUUCGUAUCGGUCCAUAUGCGUGUGCAGAAUGGAAUUAUGGAGGAUUCCCUCUUUGGUUACACUUCAUUCCCGGAAUUCAGUUCCGGACCAUAAAUGGCCCUUUUCAGGCAGAAAUGGAACGUUUUCUUGCUAAAAUUGUUAAUUUAAUGAAAGAGGAGAAUCUUUUUGCAUCACAAGGAGGUCCAAUAAUUCUGGCUCAGGUAGAGAAUGAAUACGGAAAUGUGGAGUGGGCAUAUGGAGUUGGUGGAGAGCUAUAUGUAAAAUGGGCUGCAGAAACUGCUCUAAGUCUUAACACAUCUGUUCCUUGGGUGAUGUGCUCACAGAGUGAUGCACCUGAUCCCAUUAUAAACACAUGUAACGGGUUCUAUUGUGAUACUUUCACCUCAAAUUCUCCUUCAAAGCCGAAGAUUUGGACCGAGGACUAUACAGGAUGGUUUCUAUCAUUUGGUUACCCUGUUCCUUACCGACCCGUCGAAGACCUUGCUUUUGCUGUUGCACGUUUUUUUGAGAAAGGAGGCACUUUUCAUAACUACUAUAUGUACUUUGGUGGAACAAAUUUCGGGCGAACAGCUGGAGGCCCUCUAGUCGCUACAAGCUAUGAUUAUGAUGCUCCGAUAAAUGAGUAUGGAUUUAUAAGGCAGCCAAAGUUCGGUCACUUGCGGGACCUACACAUGGCAAUAAAACUAUGUGAGGAGUAUUUGGUGAAUGGAGAUCAUGCUCAUCAAUCUCUUGGUAUAAAUUUAGAGGCAGAUGUAUACUAUAAAACGGACGAUGAUUGUGCAGCUUUUCUUGCGAAUUAUGGUAGCAGUGUAGACGCAAACGUGACAUUUAAUGGAAAAUUGUAUUUUCUCCCUGCAUGGUCUGUGAGCAUCCUUCCAGAUUGUAAGAACGUUAUUUUCAACACAGCAAAGGUUGUUGCCCAGAAAAGUAUUAGUGAUGCCACAAGUGAACUAUCGUUGUCUACUUCACAUUGGAGUUGGUAUAUGGAAAAAGUGGGCGUUUGGAGUAACGACUCAUUCACAGCAACUAGUUUGCUAGAGCAGAUAAGCACUACAAAAGACACGAGCGAUUUUCUAUGGUAUAGUACAAGCAUAGAAUCAGAUGAAAAGAAAGAUGCAUUUUUGCUGAUUCAGAGUUUGGGACAUGCUGCUCUUGUUUUCCUGAACCGUAAAGUUUUAGCGUUUGGAUAUGGUUAUCAUGACGACGCAAGCUUCAACAUAAGUGAAAAGAUUAGUCUCGAACAAGGAAACAACACAUUGGAUAUAAUUAGUAUGUUGAUUGGUGUACAGAACUAUGGUCCAUGGUUCGAUGUCAUGGGGGCAGGCCUAUAUUCAGUCAUCCUUGCUGACCUGAAGAACACCAAAGAGGACUAUUCAUCAAAUAAAUGGACCUACCAGGUGGGAACUGAAGGUGAAAGCCUUGGACUUGAUAACACUGAUCUUGCUAAUAGCUCCCUAUGGACCCGUGGCGCUUCCGUACCUACUAAUCAGAGCCUGAUUUGGUAUAAAUCCACAUUCAUGGCCCCUGAAGGGAAAGGUCCUCUAUCACUGAACCUUGCUAGCAUGGGGAAAGGUCAAGCUUGGGUCAACGGUCAAAGUAUAGGACGAUAUUGGUCAACUUACCUUUCACCAUCGACCGGGUGCACCGAUCACUGUGACUACCGGGGAACCUAUGAUGCACAAAAAUGUCAGAGCAAGUGUGGUCAACCUGCUCAAGUAUUAUAUCACGUGCCACGAACCUGGGUGCAUGCUGGUGAGAACUUGCUGGUACUUCAUGAAGAGCUUGGUGGCAAUCCGUCAAAAAUAUCAGUGUUGACACGAACCGGGCAGGAGGUGUGUGGGCAUGUAUUUGAGGAUGAUUCCAUUCCCGUUGACCUCUGGAAAUCUAACGCUGAUUCCACUUCUCGAAUUCCUGAAGUUCGGUUAACUUGUGACCAAGGCUGGAAAAUUACAUCCAUUCGGUUUGCGAGUUUCGGGAAUCCCAAAGGAGAUUGUGGCUCAUUUGCUCAAGGCAGUUGCCAUACGGAUGUCUUGUCUAUAGUCCAACAGGCUUGUAUAGGGAAGAAAACGUGUUUGAUUCCUGUUGCAACAGCUAAGUUUGGCAACCUGUGUCCUGGUGUGACAAAAAGCUUGGCAAUUGAAGCUUUGUGCACUUCUUGAAACAACACUGCUUUAUAUUUUUAUAUUUUAUGAUUUCUUUCUGGAUUGAGAAAAGAUGUAUUCAACAGAGUGGUAAUGCAUUUACGGGUUUUUUUA